AUGAAUGAGACUCAUGCCAAAGCCAUGCUUGGCUUGACAGCGGAGGAGCUACUUGAUCUGAAAAAGGUCAUGCAAGAGCUUCACGACAAGGAGAUCCAGGGCCUUAUCCAUCAAGCGGUAGCUAAGAGGGUGCUGAAGGAGAGCCGGAUUGCUGUGGUGGAGCGCGCCAUUUCUCAAGGGAGCUUCGCCAAUAAGGUCCUGCAGGCCUGGGAGAGCGAGUCUAACCGUGAGAAUGUCCGUGGGGCGCUUGUGUGGCUUCUUGUGCAGGUCCAGUACCAGAAAACAAGACCAACGUCUUCCCUCUCCGCACUUGAGUCUCUUGAGACCUGUCCCACUACGUCAAGCACUCCGUGGUAUGUGCCGGGUUUGGCCAAGCCUCUGACGCCCGCGGCCAAAGAACUCUACCGAGCCAUUAUCUUCACCAGAAACACAGUCUCUGGCUCUGUGUCGGUCUGCCAGGUUAAUGAAUUGCCGUCACAUCGCACGCUAGACAGGCAGGGAACACUCUCCGAGGAGGAUUGGACAGAGUGGCAGAGUAUUCUGACUGCUGACUGUGAAUUUUACUGUCCCCAGGACAGCAUGCGUGUGGACACGACCGUUGAUGAGCUGCAUUGUGACCGCGAGGAUGGCUUCAAUGGAAUUGAUAGCAUGGCUAGCCACCCAGACACUCCAAUGGACUUGGACACCGUGAUAGAUCCACCAAACCCAGGCGCUGUGCCCACUGCCUCCACCGAAGCUCAGGAUCCUCAGGAUGGCCCAACCCAGGUCAUGGAUGACCGUGAAUGUGACUCCACACCUGCACAUAUUGUGGUUGAGCGGCCGGUUUCAAGAACAACAUCAGCACCAACCAAGGAUAGUGAAAUUCAAAAUGAAUACCCGCCAGCUUCACCCAGUGAAAUUCAAAAAGAGCGCCGCUCCCCGGAUGUUGAGAUGAUCAAUGGUGACGACACUUUACCCUUGGACACAGGUUAUGAGUUUCUUGACGAGGUGACACAACUGGGACCUGAGCCACAAACCAGUGACGAGGGCAACACUGAGCAAGUUGACCCGGCGGAACUCAUCAAGCCUGGCAGAUUUCGAUGUGAGCAGAUGGACAGCCAAACAUGGCGGGAUUUCACCAGUUUCUUCAUGCUCCCGCAGAAUGAAAAUGACGGCACAGACCCAACCAGGAAGAUCCUUAUCCGUGGCAUGCUGCGAGACGCCCCGCCCCACCAGCUGUACUGUGCAUUCUGGAUGCUUCUCAAGGAUCAAGGAUUAGAGCAAGGUGGAUUCAUUGCUGACGAGAUGGGAAUUGGCAAAACCAUGGAGGUGAUAUUGUACUUUGUCCUGGGUGCCUGGAUCAUCUACAACCGCCUGCACAUCAAACAGUGCCGUAAGGAUCCAGCAAUGGCCAACAAGCACCUCCCUGCGGUCAUGGACACAGAAGAAGGACACAAGGGUCCAAAGCAGCAUCACCUAAGAUGUCCCUCUCAGGAUAUGUUCCCCAUUCUGUGUGCCUGUGUUCCGGACGGGGUGACUGCACGCUGUCUGAGUCAACCGCUGCAAGGUGCAAUGCUGGUGGUAGUGCCCAAAGGUCUCCUUCUCCCGUGGGCGAGAGAGUGGGCCGACUCUAUCCCCGGUGACUCAGGGAACUGUCUGAAACUGAAUCUCUUCAUUGGCCAUGGAGACUUGACUCCCACAAAGGUUGGCAACUUGGGCCACGCGUUCAUACAGACCGCACAGCAUGCGACGCUGAGACAACAUGACCUGGGUCCCCAGCAGUGUUAUCGGCACAUGUUCCUGACCACCCCGGGCUCGCUCUCCAGCCGUGUGAUGAUACCCCUCCAUGACAUUCAGAAACAAGAUGCCCAGCAAUUGCGAUGGCGAGCCGUGAUCCGAGAUGAAUGCCACCAGGAGAAGGGCUUUGACAGCAAGACCAUCAGGCAGUUUCGAGAGAUCAACUCAGCCGCAGGGAAGCAAGGCUACGCCCCAGCCACCUGGCUGCUCUCCGGGACACCGUACGAUAAAGGACCGACAGACAUGCUCUCCUGGAUGACGAUACUGGCCACUGCCGGAUGGGAAAAUGACGCCAGACUGCAAUUUGCCCAACAUGAUCAAUGGAAGACCCUCUCAGCCAGAGUGCAGCUACUGAUCAGCAAGAAGCAGCUGUCCAGAACGGACCAGAUUGAGUUCCGGUCAGCAGCACACCAGUUUGGUCAGGUGCUCGAGUGUCUGAUGAUCCGCCGCACCACCGAGACAAGUUGGUUCAACAAACCCAUCAUGGAGCUGCCCCCCAACCGCCAUCAUGAUGUCCUCUGCAGCCUAGAGCCCAAGGUCAGAGACGAGCUCCAGCGGCGUGAGGAGCGUGAAAUUCAAAAACUAAAAGACAGCUACAUGAGAAGCUUGCAGGAAUGGAAGAAGCACGGUCAAGGAUCUAAACCUGAGCUUUCCAGCCAGACUUUUUUCAAGAAGUCGCGCAUAAACCGGAUCAUUGCCAUCUUCCCAGCCCUUCUGGACCUCAUGAAGACCGAGCAACGCGAGCUCAAGCUCACCGAUGAGGAGAUGAUGGAGAACGGGUGGCAUGCUGGUGGGGACAAGGAGGCACCCUACAUUCAUGCAAUCGAUGCCCUGGCCAAUUCCAGCUCCAAGUGUCGUGCGAUUCAACACAUCCUGCAGGGCAUGGGGAGAGACUAUCGUGGGCGCCCAGAGAAGAUUGUUAUCCUGACAGAAUUCCCCCGCGUGGUUCACAUGCUUGAGGUGUGGCUGCAGAAGCAAGGCUACUGCGUCGCAGCAGUCUAUAGCAGUAUGAGUGUUGAGGACCGAGACACGUGCAUCAACGCCUUCAAUCGGGACCUGCCACUGCCUGGAGGUGAGACUGAUGCAAGUCCAGGCGUCCUGAUCAGCACCCUGGAGAUCCUAGGCGUGGGCUACACCUGUGUUCGUGCCUUCCGACUUAUCCUGCUGAGCCCGAGCUGGUUGGAGAGGGAUGAGGCUCAAGGCAAGGCACGCAUCCGCCGCUACGGGCAGAUGAACGAGGCCACGUACACCUACCGCCUGGUGUGCAGAGAUGUCCAGGUCGAAAGCAACAUCCUUGACCGGCAGGCAAUGCGGAAGAGUUUCAAUGAACUGGCCAUGUCGCUGCAGAGAGAGGUUGGUAUAGUUCCAGACAUCAUUGAUCUGGAUACAGGAUAUAUGGAACAACCAUGA